AUGUGCUGCAACUACUACGGGAACUCCUACGGGGGCUGUGGCUACGGCUGUGGCUAUGGCUCUGGCUAUGGCUGUGGCUAUGGCUCUGGCUAUGGAUCCAGAUAUGGCUGUGGCUAUGGCUCUGGUUAUGGCUGUGGAUAUGGCUCUGGGUACGGUUGUGGCUAUGGCUCUGGCUAUGGCUGUGGCUAUGGCUCUGGCUAUGGCUGUGGCUAUGGAUCUGGCUAUGGCUGUGGCUACGGCUCUGGCUACGGCUGUGGCUAUGGCUGUGGCUAUGGAUCUGGCUAUGGCUCUGGCUAUGGCUGUGGCUACGGCUCUGGGUAUGGCAGUGGCUGCUGUACCUUCCGACCAUGCUGCUACCGACGAUGCUAUUCCACUUGCUGCUAGAACAUGCCCCAUUCAUCAUCUCUACACUCCAGUGAGGAUUGGACACCUCCUGUUUUUACAUCCAAGUCUUGUUGUUAUGGAGGAAGUAGGAAUGCGUCCAUUGUGGGACCUGAACACGGAAGACGUGAUUGUGAAUGCGUUCCCAAUGUCCUCGCUCGGCUUAUCUACCCUAUGAAGUUGUGUUGUCCUGGAACACAAAUACGCCUGAGUUGGAAGAAAUUAUUCUUUUUCAAUAAACAAACUUGAUGUGA